AUAUGUCAUUUUCAUUUAUCACAAGAUUCAUCAAAUCAAAUUAACAUAAUAACUAAACCACAUUUGGGAUACACAGCUCACAACAGAACCAGAACGGCCGGUACAACGGCCUCCACUACCAUACUCCAUAGACAGAGACACCAUCCCCAUUUCCAAACAUUCUAUAUUAAUUCUUUUUCACCAAUCACCAUUUUCAAUCAAUUAUAAACGAAAUUCCUAAUUAUUAUCUUCACAAUUACUCCUAUUUUUACUUCCUUUUCACUCUUCUUCCAUCAUCACUCUCUUGAUCGACGCCAUUGUUGCAUUGUGGAAGUUACACGGGUGUAAGAGUUGAUCAUCAUAAGGAAGAAAUCAUGAGUUCACAGUUGGAGAUUCAACCUCGAGAGCUUAAAUUUGUUGUUGAAUUGAACAAACAGAGCAAAUGUACAAUUCGCCUUGUCAACAAAACAGACCAAUGGCUUGCUUUCAAGGUUAAGACAACAUCACCUAAGAAAUAUUGUGUGCGGCCUAAUGUUGGUGUUUUUCAGCCCAAAUCGGUUCAUGAAUUCGUUGUCAUUAUGCAAGCUAUAAAAACAACUCCGGUUGACCUCACAUGCAAAGAUAAGUUCCUGGUUCAAAGCACAAUUGUCCCUGAGGGAACAUUGGAGGAGCACAUGACAUCUGAAAUGUUUGCUAAGGAUGGUGUGAAAUUAGUUGAGGAUAUUAAGAUGAGGGUGAGCCUUGUCAUGGCACCAUCCAAUUUUCCAGAGCCUACCAUCAAUGAAAUGCUGAAGCAGGCUGAUGCACAUAUUGUGUCAAAAAUCAUAAAUAAUCGGGAUUUGAAUCAAGUGAAGGAUGCAGAUGUUUCUCCUAUUCAGGAUGUAAAAGCAGAACCAAUUAAGCAGGUGAAGUUUGAACCAAUUAAGGAUGUUGACUUAAGUAUGGAGAAAGAUGUGGAAUCUGAACUUACUAAAGAACAAGAACUAGUGACAAGAAACAAUGAGGAAUCAAAAGUGAUCGACUCAAAAAUGUCAAUGAGUGAUGAGGAGCAAAGAUUAUUCUUGGAUGUAGAAGAAAUGAAAUCAAAACUACAUGAACUUGAGUCAAAGCUAAGCAAGGCAGAAAUGACGAUAUCAAAUUUGACAGAAGACAGGUGGCUGAUCAUUCAAGAAAGGGAGAAACUGAAACAAGAAAUGACUUUUUUAAAAACGAGAAAAGUGGAAAGAAGAGUGCAGGAUGGUUUUCCCCUUCUGUUUGUCUGCAUGGUAGCACUCAUCAGUCUCAUUGCUGGAUAUGGCUUUCAUCCAUGACAAAUGACCUUGGAGCAUCCACCCACACUGUCCGCUUCUUCCAUCAAAAAGAAUAGGCAAAGCUUCGUUCGUGCAGAGCCAAGAUAAGUUGCGAUUGUAGUUUUGAGAAUCAGGAGGUAUUGUGUAUAUGUUAAAUUUUAAGGUGAUUUUAUAUUAUUUGUAAAUGACCAUACAACCCCUCCGCCUUUUAAUAUGCUUCUUAAGAAUUGAGAUGAUGAGAAUACUCUCAGAAUAAUCGAUAGUAUAUGAACACAGAUGCUUCGUCUAGUGUGUGAAAUAGUUAUAUAGAUAUAGUUUGUUUCGGCCUCUUACUUUUACUGUAUUGAAGUACUGCAAACGUUUGUGUAUUACAUAAAUACACAUUUGCGUG